CGAUAUAUAGCUGUAAUACUCGCGCGUUGACGAUACAGUUGUAAACCCUCCUUUAAUUGUUGAACAUAGUGCUGGCCGAAAAUGGGCUUUCAAGUGCCAGUCGGUAGUAUUUUGUUUUGUUUCGUUUUAUUGUUUUGCAAUGGAUAUGCGAGAUUGGCACCUGACUACAUUCACCCCUGCAACGAGACAUCCAGAGAGUGUCUAGUGAAGUCCACUCAAGACGCAAUCCCGGACUUUGUCAAAGGAAUUCCCGAACUUGGAGUGCCUGUCCUGGAUCCCUUCACUAUUGAGAAACUGUCCGUCCCUCUGAGUGGCUUGACGUUCACUUUCUACCAAGGAAAAGUCAAUGGCUUCAGGAAAUGCAUUGUAGAUGAUGUUGUGUCUGAGCUUGAAAAGCGUCACUUCGUCCUGGCCUUCCAUUGCAACCUCACAAUCAAGGGUACUUACGAUGCCGUAGGAAGAAUUCUCCUGUUCCCCAUUGACGGUGCGGGUGACGCGAAAGUAAAGCUAACCAAUCUCAGAAUGAAGGUCGAUAUAAACACAAAGUACAUAAAAGACGACCAAGGCGUCAAUCAUUUCGCUUUGAAAAAUUACAAGUACUCUUUCGACUACGGAGAUCGUGUCUCGUUUGACCUUAAGAAUCUCUUCAAGGAAAGCAAGGAACUUAGUUCAACGGUGCUUCAAUUCUUAAACGAAAACUGGAGGACAGUGGCCGAAGAGUUCGGAAAACCCAUCGUAGAUUACGCAGUAGAAUUAGCAAUAAAGACCAUCGAAAAAUUCUUCCUUGCAGUACCUUACGAAGAAUUGAUAAAUGUUCCCAUUCCAAAAUUCUGAUUAAGAUUAUUAAAAGACAAUUAUAUUAUAAGACAGUUGGAAUAAAAUUUUGUUAAAAUA